CAUCCAUGAGAAGCAAAAAACCAAGCACUGAAGACAGGACAACCACAGAGACGAACCAACAAAGGACAGCGGUACAGAGAGGUUAUAAAUACACAGACCGAUGAACAAAUUGACAGAUAACUGGACAAGAUCAAUAAAACAGUAGGGAACAGGUGUGAGCAGAAAAUGGAGGGAAAACUAAGAAGACAGGAAGUGCAGACCAAAUAAGUAAAGGGAUGGAGACAGUCACAUGACUGCAGACAGGACAGAAACAACCUGAUUCUCAAGCAUGGGACACACACUGUCCAAAUUAAACGCAAGAAACAUCAAUAUCAACUCUCAAGAACCACAGAUGAGCUACACUGUGCACUUCGAAAAUGCUCCUUUAAAUGUUAACCGCACUGAGAGAGCGACCGAGAUGAGGCACGUCUCCAAGUCUGGCACUACGGGCACUUCCGAGGGGCGCCAGGGGUCGCAGCAGGAUGCCCGACGGCCGUCCCUGUAUAGCACCAUAGACGUGGUGCCACAAUUAGACUUUUAUGCAAAGACAAUUGUAGGUCAGCAACGGCGUUGUAGACCAUCCCUGGAGGUUCUUCGCAAGUCUUUUGAUGAUGGAGAUACUGCCAGUAAUGCCGAGGGCUUGGGGAACGGAAGCCUGCCAGGCAUCCCAGAUGUAGAGGGCAGUGUUGAGGGGGCGAAAAAUGCAAAACCGCCGGUCCGCUUUGGCUGGGUUACCGGUGUCAUGAUUCGCUGUAUGCUUAACAUCUGGGGAGUCGUUCUUUUUCUUCGUUUGCCCACCAUCACCUCUUCAGUGGGCAUCAUUCUCACCUGGGUCAUCAUCCUGAUGUCCGUUGUCAUAACCUCAGUGACUGCCCUCUCUGUAUGUGCCAUUGCCACCAAUGGGAGAGUAAAGUCAGGGGGCACUUACUUCAUGAUCUCCCGAACACUGGGCCCAGAAGUAGGGGGACCCAUCGGGAUGGUGUUCUCCUUCGCCAAUGCCAUAGCCUGUUCGUUGAACACGGUUGGGUUUGCUGAGACCGUCCAGAAACUUCUCAAAGAACAUGAUGCCAUUAUAGUGGACGAUAUGAAUGAUGUGCGGAUUAUUGGAUUGAUCACAGUCACCGUGCUUCUCCUCAUUUCAAUGGCUGGAAUGGAGUGGGAAUCUAAGUCUCAGAUAAUUUUCUUCCUGGUGCUCAUGGUGACCUUUGCCAACUACUUGGUGGGCACAUUUCUCCCCCCUACGCCUGAGAAACAAGCCCGAGGCAUCUUUGGCUAUCACAGGGAGAUUUUCAUGGAAAACCUCCUGCCAGAAAAAGGAGAUGGAGAUUUCUUCAACCAGUUUGCCAUCUUUUUUCCUUCUGCCAUUGGCAUCCUUGCUGGGGCCAACAUCUCUGGUGACUUAAAGGACCCAGAGAGUGCUAUACCCAAAGGGACGCUCCUGGCCAUCCUCGGCACCACCAUGAGCUAUUUGAUUAUCUCUGUAACUGUAGGCUCGUGUAUGAUUCGUCAUGCCACAGGCAACCUAAACGACAGCUUCUCUUUGGGGAACGGCUCAGAUGUGUGUGAGGGUGUGGCCUGUAACUUUGGCUGGAACUUCACAAGCUGCUCACAUGAAGGGGACUGCGAAUAUGGCCUCGCAGUUGACACUGGGGCGCUAACGAUGGUAUCAGGCGUCGAACCCAUCAUCAUUGCCGGGAUCUUUGCUGCUAGUCUAUCCUCUGCUCUUGGAUUCCUGGUCUCUGCCCCGAAGGUGUUUCAGUGUCUUUGCAGAGACAACAUAUACCCCUAUAUUGGCUUUUUUGCAAAGGGUUAUGGGAAGAAUGAUGAGCCUUACCGUGGUUAUAUUCUAGUUUAUUUUAUUGCAUUAGCAUUCAUUUUGAUUGGUGACUUAGAUCUUGUUGCCCCUGUCAUUUCGAACUUUUUCCUCUGCUCGUACGCGCUCAUCAACUUCAGUUGUUUCCACGCCUCUACCACAAACUCGCCAGGCUGGAGGCCUUCCUUUCGUUACUACAACCGCUGGGUAGCAUUGUUUGGAGCCGUCGUCUCUGUCGUGGUUAUGUUCAUGCUGACCUGGGAGGCAGCCCUCAUCACCUUCUGCAUCCUCCUCUUCCUCUUUGGCUACGUCAUCUACAAGAAGCCAGAGGUGAAUUGGGGCUCCUCUGUGCAGGCUAGCACCUACAACAUGGCUUUGUCCUACUCAGUCUCUCUGUCAGCGGUGGAAGACCAUGUCAAGAACUACAGGCCCCAGUGUUUGGUUCUGACAGGGCCGCCAGUUGUUCGUCCAGCAUUGGUGGACUUUGUGGGCUCCUUCACUAAGAAUAUCAGUCUGAUGAUCUGUGCAGACAUCCUUAUGGAGGAUAAGACAGCACUUACUCAGCGCAGUACUGAUAAUAUUGUAAAGUGGCUUAACCUCCGAAAGGUCCGUUCCUUCUACACUGUGCUGAAUGGAGACAGUCUGAGAGAAGGAACAAAGACACUUAUGCAGUCUACAGGUCUGGGGAAAUUGAAGCCCAACCUUCUGGUAAUGGGAUUUAAGACAAACUGGAGAGGGUGUUCCCCCUACAGCAUGGAGGACUAUGUGAAUACCAUCCAUGAUACAUUUGACGCAAACUAUGGUAUAUGCAUUCUUAGAAUGCUGGACGGCCUUGACAUGACCAAUGACAUGUUCUGUGCAGAUAAUGCUGCCUUUAAACAAGAUAAAUCUCCUGAGCAACAAUCCAACAAUGACUCCACAGGGGAUAACUCAGAUCUUGGCAAUUGCCAGCCAGACCAUCACAUUCCCAGCUGUGAAAUCUCUACAGUCUUCCAGACCAAACAAGGAAAGAAGACCAUAGACGUGUACUGGAUAUCUGAUGAUGGAGGUCUGACUCUGUUAAUUCCGUACCUGUUGACCAGAAGAAAGCGUUGGCGGCACAGUAAGGUCCGCGUCUUUUUAGUUGGGCAACAACAGACCAUUGAGGAAGAUCGCAAAGAGAUGGUGAUUUUGCUUCAACGUUUUCGCCUGGAUGUCGAUGAUGUCAUCGUCAUAACAGACAGCGAACAUCAACCCAUGGCCAAAAAUCUGGAGAGAUUUGAGAAAUCCAUCGCCCCCUUCAGGCUCAAAAGUGGAGAGCAUGGGAAUGACAUUGUUCAGCCAGAGAGUCCCUGGCGGGUGUCUGACGAAGUACUGGAAUCACUGAGGAUGAAGUCUGAGAGGAAGGUGCAUCUGAAUGAGAUCAUCUGUAGGAAUUCCAGACAGGCUGCUUUGGUCAUUGUGAGUAUGCCUGUUCCUCAGAGUGACUGUCCCAGCUCUCUUUAUAUGGCCUGGCUGGAUGCUCUGACCUGCGGCCUUCACUGCCCAGUUGUGCUCAUACGAGGCAACCAGCAGAAUGUGCUCACCUUCGACUGCCAGUGAAAACCACCACAUACACACGUUUGCAUCUCUUUGGACCUCACUGCCUGCUAGAACUGAUAGAUAAGAAUUGUAAUUAGAUCUCAGAUCGCCAAAGAUAAGCCAAAUUAUUUAUGGAACUAAAGGUGCUACAAAAUUAAACAUGUAGACAAUAUUUAUGAUAAAGUAUUUAUUUCAUCCCAGUUAUUAUCCCAGUUGAAAAGCACAACAAUGUAAUACUGCAUGCAGUUGCCCUCUUGCCUGAUUGUAUGAAUUUCUUAUGGAAUGGAGCAGGUAAAGAAUAGAAGCAGAAGAGAGUUCAUAAUAUAAAAUAAGCAGACUGGUAACAUAAAUUAUUCCACUGCUUGGUUGAAUUUCCCAUUGUCCUACGUAAUUUAGAAUGACCAUUAACAUUAUGUUAUUUAACACCUAUGAAGUAGAUAUAUUUUUUUGGCCGUAUGACAUUUGUAUAUUAAUUCGCCAAACUCGUUGUGAAGUUUA